GUUGUCAAAUAUGAAUGUCAAAAAACGCUGAUACAUUCACGAAGUUUCAAUUUCCUUUAAGUUUCAUAAUAUAUUUCCCAAACAAUGGCAAAUUAAACUAUUAUAGAAGCCUUUUCUAAUGUCCCAGUAUUGAUCCUCGCCAUAAAAGUUAUAUUCACAAACAUUAUGUCGUGACCUCCUCAUAAUAAUCGGAUAAGGACUGUAAAUAAAUCUGUUGGAGAGAUGAGCACAUCCCGCCACGUCUCCUGACGAAUCCUGCACCACAGUCCCUUAGUAAAACACUCAUAGAAAUGACUAGUUCAAGCAUGAAUGGAUUCUACAGGCCUAGAAGUGCUCUCGCUCGAGCGAUCUACGAGAAGCAUAGGAAUGAUAUGCACCUUGAAGAGCUGGACAAGAAUGAGUGGUACCAGGUGAACAGCAGUUUGUUGACAGUCGAGCUGAAGGAGAAGUUCGUUCAGCUCGGGCCUGAUGAGGAGACGAAGGAGUUCCUGUCGGCCUCCAUCGACAAGUCGUCGUGGGUGUGGACGCAGAUCUGGUACCUCCUCGCCAAGGCAGUGCUGCGCCGGUUCUGGUCCGUCACUGAUAUUAAUGGCUGGCUGGGCCGCGGCUCCAUGUUCGUGCUCUCCUCGGCUCAGGCAACCCGUCUGCUGCCGUCAGCCCCGAGCGGCCGCCUGGUGGACGUGGGCGCUGGAGACGGGGAGGUCAGCCGCCGGUUCGCGCAUCUGUACGAGGAGAAGUACGCCACGGAGAUCUCUGCGUGCAUGAGGAAGGUGCUAGUCGGCAAGGGUUAUACCAUCCUGGACACAUCGACCUGGUGGCAGUCCCAGCGGUUCGGCUGCGUGGCCAUGCUGAACCUGCUGGACCGCUGCAGCGAGCCGCGUGCCAUGCUGCGGCAGGCGCGCGCGGCGCUCGACCCGGCCGGGGUGCUGCUGUUGGCGCUGGUGCUCCCGUACAAGCCGUAUGUUGAAGUGACACCAAACCACAAACCAAACGAGCUUCUCCCGAUAGAGGGCAGCACUUUCGAGGAACAAGUGGUUUCCUUCGUCCAGUUCAUGGAGACGCUCGGCUUCGAGCUGUCGUCGUGGACGCGGGCGCCCUAUCUCUGCGAGGGGGACUUCGCCCAGGCCUACUAUUGGCUCGACGACUCCGUGUAUGUGUUUAGAACCAAGCCGAUACCGUCAGAUACGUGAUCGUGCCUCGUAAGUGAGGCGACAUACGGAAAGGCAGCGCGAUAAAUUGAUCAAAGUUAUGACACGGCUGGUAUUGGUAGUUGAAACUGUAUUCAAAGGGGAUAUGGGUGAC